GCAGCCUUCCCAACCAUGAAGCUCUUUUGGAUGCUGCUUUGGGCUUCAAGCCUCUUCACCUUGACUGUACAGGAAGCCAGGCUGUUGAUCUUUUCACCCUCUGUGGUUCGUCUGGGUGUGCCACUCUCAGUGGGUCUGCAACUCCAUGGAGCUUCAAAGGGACAGAAAGUCAAGGGUAUUAUCUUCCUGAGAAAUCCAUCAGGACCCUCAGGGCACUGCUCUGAGGAUGUAACUUUUUCCCUGGACUCUGAUAAUGACUUUCAGCUACUCAGUCUCCCGGUCCCACUGGUUCAUGUACAGCGCUGUGGGCUCAAUAAGCUUCUGGAAUCUCCUGUUGUGCAACUUGUGGCCCAGACAUCAUGGCUGAAAUCAACUCUGUCUCGAAAAACAGACACUCAGGGUGUCAACCUGUUCUUUUCCUCACGCCGGGGUCACCUUUUUCUACAGACAGACCAGCCUGUUUACAACCCUGGCCAACGUGUUCGAUUCCGAGUCUUUGCUCUGGAUGAGAACAUGAGACCAUCCAUGGAUACCCUUACUAUUACUGUUCAGAACUCUCAUGGUCUUCAAAUACGGAAGAAGAAUAUGCUUUCAAAACAUUCCAUUUUCCAAGAUGAUUUUGUGAUACCUGAUAUCUCAGAGCCUGGAACCUGGAGGAUCUCAGCUCGAUUCUCUGACAGCUUAGGCUCCAACAGCAGUACUGAAUUCGAGGUGAAGAAAUAUGUUCUCCCGAAUUUUGAGGUGAAGAUCAUACCUAAAGAGUCUUACAUCCUUGUGGCUCCUGACGUUGAUGUGCAGAUCCAAUUGAAUGUCCAGGCCAAGUAUGUAUAUGGGAAAUCAGUGCAGGGAGUAGCUUAUGUUCGAUUUGGAGUCCUGGAUGAGAAUGGUGAAAAGAAAUUCCUUCGAGGGCUGGAGAAGCAGUCCAAGUUGGCAGAUGGCCUCUGUAGCAUUACCCUCUCAGGAAAUGAGAUCCAAAAAGCAUUAAACAUCUCUGGGAUGGAUGAUCUUCAGGGGCUGCGUCUCUAUGUAGCAGCUGCUGUCAUCGAAUCCCCUGGGGGAGAACUAGAGGAAGCUGAACUUACCUCCUUGCGCUUCGUCUCAUCUCCAUUUUCAGUGGAUCUCAGUAGCACCAAGCGAUAUUUUAUACCAGGAGCCCCUUUUUUGCUACAGGGCUUUGUUCAGCAUGUUUCUGGCUCUCCAGCUCCUGGGGUCCUCAUCAAAGUUUCUGCCAACUCAAUCACUUCAGGAGUCAAUUCUAAAAUCCAGGUCCCUAAGGUCAAUACAGAUGAGAGGGGUCAGUUUGGCAUUCCCAUCAACAUCCCCCAAGGCACCCAAGAGUUGCAACUCACGGUGUCUGCAGGAUCUUCCUUCCCAGCAGAAGCCACCUUCACUGCCCAUUCUCUACCCUCUAGAGGUCCUGGGUUCUUGUCCAUGGAGCGGCUGGAUCUCAGCCCUCCCCGUGUGGGACAGUCAUUCACUGUAAAUCUUCAUGCUGUGGGAGCUGAAGGAGUUCCUUUCUCCCACUAUUACUACAUGGUCCUGUCUCGUGGAGAGAUCAUAUCUGUGCAUCGAGUGGCAAAGGGGGCUUUGACCUCCAUCUCUGUGCCUGUGACCUCCCAAAUUGUGCCCUCCUUCCGCCUUGUCGCCUUCUAUUACCAUGAUGGUCAGCCAGUUGCCAACUCCUUGAAAGUGGAUGUCCAGGCUGGGGAUUGUGAGGGGAAGCUGGAACUGAAAGUGGAUGAAGCAGAACUUCGACCAGGAGACCGGCUGAGGCUAAAUGUACACACAGAUUCCUCAGCCAUCGUAGCCCUGGGAGCUGUGGACACUGCUGUGUAUGCAGCUGGUGGCCAAAGGCAUAGCCCUCUCCAUAUGAAGAAGGUCUUCAAUGCCAUGAACAGCUAUGACCUGGGCUGUGGUCCUGGGGGUGGUGUCAAUGCUCUUAAGGUUUUUGAAGCAGCUGGUUUGAUGUUUUCAGAUGGACACCAGUGGAUCGAGCUCAAGAGCAGUCCGAGGUGCCCCAAGGAAAAGUCAAGCCGGAAAAGGAGAAAUGUGGAAUUCCAGAAGGCGAUUCUUCAGAAGGUGAGUCAAUAUGUUGGCAAAGCCAAACGCUGUUGCCAUGAUGGGAUGACACCAUUGCCGAUGCGCCGGUCCUGCAAAGACAGAGCAGCCAGAGUACUGGAACCCACCUGCCGCGAGUCCUUCCUGUCUUGCUGCCAGUUUGCUGAAGAGCUUCGUAAAAAGAUGCGCACCCGGGGCAGUAUGGGGCUUGCCCGAGGUAAUAGUUGUGGCCUGGAGGAAGAAGAGCUCUUGGAUGAGGAUGACAUCCCUGUCCGGACUUUUUUCCCUGAGAACUGGCUUUGGACCCAGUUGACAGUAAAUAACGUUUACAAAGUAGAGGAGCUUGUUCCUGAUUCUUUGACUACAUGGGAAGUCCAUGCUGUGAGCCUUUCCCAGACAAAAGGUCUUUGUGUGGCUAAGCCUGUCCAGGUUAGAGUCUUCCAAGAAUUCCACUUACAUCUUCGCCUUCCCUUCUCUGUCCGAAGAUUUGAACAGCUAGAACUUCGACCUGUCAUCUAUAACUACCUGAAUAGGAGCCUGUCUGUGAAUGUCCAGGUGUCCCCUGUGGAAGGGCUGUGCCUAGCUGGUGGCGGUGGCAGGGUGUUAAAGCUGGAGUUACCCCCUAUCUCUGCACGGCCCGUUUCCUUUCCUGUGGUGCCCACGGCCGCUGCUGCUGUGUCCCUGAAGGUCCUGGCCCAGGGACCCUUUGGAGUCGGGGAUGCUGUAGCCAAGGUCCUGCACAUUGAGAGAGAAGGAGCAGUCCAGAUCAAGGAGUAUGCCUACAAGCUGAACCCCCUGGACUCACGUGGCCGAACCUUGGAGAUUCCGGGGGAGAACCCAUCCAAUGCUAUUCCUGAUGGAGACUUUAGUAGCAUUGUUCGUGUCACAGCCUCCGAUCCCAUGGACACCCUGGGCUCUGGGGGGGCCUUGUCCCCAGGAGGGCUGGGGUCCUUGCUGAGGGUGCCCCGGGGUUGUGCCGAGCAGACUAUGGUCUACCUGUCCCCCACACUUGCGGCUUCUCGUUAUCUGGACAAGACCGAACAGUGGGGGAAGCUGCCCCCUGAGAUGAAGGACCAUGCCGUGGAUCUCAUUCAGAAAGGCUAUGCUCGCAUCCUGCAGUUCCGGAAGUCUGAUGGCUCCUACGGGGCUUGGUUGCACCGGGAGAGCAGCACUUGGCUCACGGCCUUUGUCCUAAAAGUGCUCAGCAUCGCCCAGGAGCAGGUGGACGGCUCCAUGGAAGGGCUGAGAGAGACGGCCCAGUGGCUUCUGACAAAACAGCUAGGGGACGGCUCUUUUCAGGACCCCUGUCCGGUCCUCCAUAGGGAUAUGCAGGGUGGCCUGGUGGGACCUGACGAGUCUGUGGCCCUGACCGCCUUUGUGGUUGUAGCCCUCCAGCAGAGCUUGUCUGCCUUCCAGACCUCUGAGGAUGAUCCCAACAAGGAGAGAACCAAAGAGCUGCUUCGGGGAGUGGAAGCCUCCAUCUCCCGUGCAGACUCCUUCCUGGUGGGAAAGAUAACUGCUGGGCUCCUGGGAUCUCACGCAUCUGCCAUCACUGCCUAUGCCCUGACCCUGACAAAGGCCCCUGAAGAUGCCCAGAAUCUGGCCCAUAACAACAUUAUGGCGAUGGCCCAACAAAAUGGAGAUGACCUCUUCUGGGGUCCAGUCGCUGGGUCUCAGAAUAAUGCUGUCUCACCAACUGCAAGUGUGGGCAGUGCCUCAGAAACCACCACCCUAGCCCCAGCCCUGUGGGUGGAAACCACGGCCUACGUCCUGCUCCACCUCCUGCUGCGGGAGGGUAAGGCCGAGCUGGCUGACCAGGCUGCAAGCUGGCUCACCCGCCAGGCGAGCUUCCAAGGGGGAUUCCGCAGUACCCAGGACACGGUAGUUGCCCUGGACGCCCUAGCUGAGUACUGGAUAGCCAGUCAUACGACCACAGAGACCAACCUUAACGUAAGCCUGAGCACUGAGGGUCGCCAAGGAACCGAGUCCCACUUCAUCCAGUUAGACAACCAUCAAAAGUUGGGGGUACAGGAGGACCUACAGUUUCCCUUGGGCAACAAGAUCACUGUCAAGGUGGGAGGAAACAGCAAAGGGAUCUUAAAGAUUCUACGUAAGUUCAACAUCCUAGAGGAGAAAAAUACCACCUGUAAGGACUUCAAACUGGAAGUGACAGUCACAGGCUCUGUCCAGUAUUCAGAGGCAUCGGAUGAUGACUAUGAAUACUACGAGGAAGAACUCCAGCCUGGGGAUGACCCAAGCCCCCUGGAGUCUCCUGUGACACCCCUGCAGCUAUUUGAGGGACGUCGGAACCGCCGGAAGAGGGAAGCGCCCAAGGUGGGCAAUGACAAGGAGCAGAGGGUACAUUAUGAAGUGUGCAUUUGGCGAAGCGACGGGGUCAGAUUUCCUGGAAUGGCUAUCGUAGACAUCACCCUGCUGAGUGGAUUCCAUGCCCUGCAGGCCGACCUAGAAAAAUUGACCUCACUCUCAGAUCGUUACGUGAGUCACUUUGAGACCCAGGGACCCCACGUGCUGCUGUACUUUGAUUCAGUUUCUGCCUCCCGGGACUGUGUGGGCUUUGAGGCUGUGCAGGAAGUGCCUAUAGGACUGGUGCAGCCAGCAAGUGCUGUCCUCUAUGAUUACUAUGAGCCUGGGCAGAAAUGUGUUGUGUUCUAUGGGGCCCCGAGUAAGAGUAAACUCCUGUCCACGUUGUGCUCCGGAGAUGUUUGCCAGUGUGCAGAGGGGAAAUGUCCUAAAAAAUACCGAAUCACAGAAGUGGAUAAAAUGGAGGAGAAAGUCAGGAUCAACUAUGCCUGCUAUGAUCCACGUGUGCAGUAUGGUUUCAAGGUUAAGGUUCUUCGGGCAGAGGACAAAGUCGCCUUCCGACUCUUUGAAACCAGGAUCACCCGUGUUCUGCACUAUACUCAAGAUGUCAAAGUUGCUAUUGGCCAGACUCGAAACUUCCUAGUCCGAAUCUCUUGUCGCCUGCAGCUAGAGCCGGAGAAGGAAUAUUUGAUCAUGGGGCUUGAUGGAGUCACCUUCGAUGAUAAGGAAAACCCCCAGUAUUUGCUGGACUCCAUGACUUGGAUUGAGGAGAUACCUUCUGAAAAGAACUGCCAGGCUCUGCGAUAUCGGAAUGCUUGUACCAACCUCAAUGAAUUCCUCCAGCAAUAUGAAACACAGGGGUGCCAGGUUUAGGAGGUGACAGCCUCUCCCUCCCCUUCCCUUCCCCUUCACCCAAGGUACCCUAAAAUCCUGUCCUUCACACUUGCCCUGUGCUCGAUCUUCUUCAUGAAAGGAAAGGCGGUCUUAUUCCUUCAGGACCAGAUUCUUCCCCUCUGUCAUCUCCUGUACUGGAAGCUAGGACAGAGACUUGCUUAAUAAAAGUUGUUUGAUGACUGA